CGUUGUGUCAGGCCCGUUGCCUGGAGACGGCUCGAGUAGUUGUUGCUAUAGGAAACCAGCACGCGCCGACUAUCUGAACGUUCUAGAAUUCUGAAGGAUGUCUGCACUUCCUGCAAAGCCCGGCCUGCGCCACAGUGUAUCAGAGUGGCACAGCAACAACCACCAGCUGUCUGCCACGGCACAACACGAGCGACAUGUUUCUAAUGUGGUCCGGCAGGAAGGGAGGUCACUACGCAACGAGACCAACUGUAAGACGACCUGGGAUGAAAACGACACCUCUCGCAGGUUGAGUGACAGGAUUUGGGAUGUUGCCCGUUGGAAAGAGGCAUUAGAAACCUGUGCACAGAAAGUGGAUGAAGAGAUGGAGGCUCUGACCCUGUCUAAAGAGCAAACCGAGCAGGCCCUGGCUGCUACUGCCGUUCCUCUGGAGGUCAGCAGCGAGUGCUUGACACUGAGGGACGGACGGCGAGGGUACGAGCUUGUCGUCGACCCCGUACACGAGCAGCUGAAAACCGAAGUGGAGCUGAUUGAAAGAGUGCAGCAAGAUCUGCAGCAGCACAUAGACAAGGCCUUUGAGCAGCUGUGUGUUUUGCAGGAGGCUCGACACCAGCUGACUGCUGACCUCCAGAACAAGAUGGACGCCCUGGACAUUGACAUGUCCUGUCUCUCGCUUACAAUAACGUCACCUCAGAUCUCCCUGAAGACCAAUCCAACUCGCAUACCAUCAGGUUCCUCCACCCCCCAGGAGUGGGUCCAGUUCAGCCAGUAUAAUGUGGCUCGAGCCCAGGAGGCCAUGCAGGUGUCCCAGCAAAUGAGGGAGGAUAUGAGUCUCACCAGAGCCCAGCUGCAGAAUGAGUUGGACAUUCAGCGCAGGGCCACAGAGUUUGCUCUCCGUAAGCGUAAUCACCAUGAAGAGCAGGCCCGCGACGAGCUGGAGUGGCAAAUAAGAAAUACUGAAGAUGAAAUGGCAGAAAUGGAGAGUGACAUCCACGGGCUAGAUGCAGAUCUGCAGGCGAAAACAGCCUCCCUGAAACUAGCUCACACCCGACUAGAGAACAGGACCAACAGACCUGGGAUGGACCGGUGCAGAGACGAGGUGCAGCACGGCCUCGUAGAUGAAGUCCAUCAGCUGGAGGCCACAAUCACGGCUCUGAAACAGAAGCUUUCUGAGGCUCAGCACUCCCUGCAGAAGAUGAAGCUCCAUCACAGCCGCAUGUUGCAGGAUCUUUCCAGAAAACAAGAAGCUCUGUCUCUGGAACAACGGAGCAUGAACACCCGUACCCGCCUCGCGUCCCCCUCCUGCACUGAUAAAACCCCGGUGCUGCUGGUUCCACUCACAAACUCCAGCGGGAGGAGCAACCUGCAGCUGCUGGCUCAGUAAGACGAUGGCAGUAUCCAGAUUGUUAAAGGGGAAAGGAUUAACAAAUAUAUAUUAGGAUGAUUCAUUAAUUUUUAGCUUUAACUUCAUGUUUUUAACUCUGCAGUCGCAAACGAGCAAUGGACAUCACACUAAAAUGUUCUGUUCAUACUUAAUAGUAAUUAAUCAUCCCCAUGAGAACAAAACAAUUAUGUUUUAUUUAUUUGUUUCAACAAAAACUGUCAUUAUAAAAUACUCUCCUUUUUUGUGUGGUUAAUUUGCUUUUAGUUGUGUUGUGUUAAAUAAUCAAUUAGGUACUUUACCUGUUUAAGAUGUAGAUUUUAAGCUUGUUUAAUGGAGUCUUAACUAAACAUUUAGUCAUGAAGAUAUUUCUGACAUCUGAAUGUAUUUUAUGCGUUUGAGUUUUUGUUUUUGUUUUUAUAAUUUAGUGAUUGCACAUAAAAGUUCACGUUCAUGUCCGGUAGGGUCAUUGCUUUCAUCAACCAUUAGCUUUAAUGGCUUUGUUUGUCCUCGUCAUAGUGUUUGAUCAACUGACGCUGUUUGGAGCACGAAGAUGUAGAUAAUGAAGUGAACUUUGACUCAUACAGUAUACGCGGUUUAGAUAAAAAAUCUAAAAACAGGCAGUAAACACGGUCCUUCAGACAAUAAACCCCCGCCCUCUGAAUCUCACCUGACUCAGUUGUAACGUCUUUAAAUGGAUGUUUUUGUAUCAGUUGCAGCAGGAUUUAGAUAAGAGAGAAAAAUCAGUUUUUAAGAAACCGCACAGUCAGUACCAUAUUGUUAGUUAUAGAAAACCUCUUAGGAAAUUAGAAUAAUUGUUCAUCGCUAAAGACAAGAACACUUAUUAUUUCACAAUGAUCUUUUACUAAACCACAUAAGUACAGUGAGCGCUAGAAGGUUGAGAUUAUGUUGAUUGGGGAACAUUUGGAAAUCAGGAAAUGGUUCGACUGACAUUACAAACAGUGAGAGGCACCCAGUCUUAUUCCUUUAAGUUAAAGUUAAAAGAUAAUUCACUAGCUAAAUAAUCUAAGUUGAUAAGACGCUCAGCCACUAGGUUUUGUCUACGUUUUUACUUUAUGUACAAGUUGAAUCAUAAAAAAUAACGAUGCAUGAUAUGGAUUCUUUCUCAGCCGAUAUGAUAACUGAUAAUUAGCUGUUUCUCAUGGUCAGUACAGAUAAAAUAACUAAUAAACUCACAUGUUUGUGUUUUAAAAAGAAGCUCAUAAUGUUCACCUGAUGGCAAGAAAGGCUAAGAUGGAUGAUAUAUUAUUCUAUAGCUCUAAUUUAAGCAAAUCUAAAGCUCACUAUUGUUAACAACAACAACAAACAACAGCUUUGACUCUUCAAAUGUUAAUUUAUGUUUUCUAGUAAAGUAUCAAAAAACUACACAAACAAACUGUUUAGCUUUCAUGGAGCAUAAAACCUAUAAUUUUACAUAAGAAUUCAAAAAAAAUUGUUAUUAUUAUGGACUGAUAAUUUAUCCAUUGGAAUUUAAUUAUCAGGAUAAUUCAUAAUAAUAUAAAUCUCCCAUUAUCGGCCCUGAUGGUUAUCGUGCAUCCCGAGCUGUCCACUCCAUAAAUUGACUGUUUUAGUUCACCCUCACCACCCUCAUAGUGAAACUUUUCGGCCACAGCAGUUUUUAGUGAAAAAGCUUUAAAGGCCCUUUGUACACAACUUGCUCAGCACCAAACAGCACACAGACACAGCUCGUGGCUAUCUGGUGAAACAUUUAGCAGAUAAAGAUCCACAAAUAUUUCCUUCAGGAGUUGGUUUAGGAGACCAAAAACAGAAGUAAAAGAGGUUGAACAUCGGGUGGCCAGAAACAUGACUCCAAGUUAAUGACAAUGUUGCUCCGUAACUGUUGGAUGUGUCUGUUUUCCUCAUUUAAAAGGUAAUGAUAUUGGCCAAAACGUCAGUUAUUGCAGGUUUAAGGGUUUGCUUUCUACUCUGGCAAAUAUACAUCGUUCUGAAAUGUAGUAGAGAUAAUGGGAUUACUGCCAUUCAGCAAAAUUAAUUAUUGAGACAAUCCUACCAGUGUCCUUAAAAUCCCUAGGUUUUGUGAUCCCAGUUCAUCUGGAACUAAUUAAAUGGCCCUCAUGUUGGAAAUACCCACUGCAACCUCCUGACGUUUCCUGAAAAACAAAAAUAUGGUGAAUGGGGUGAAUGAAGGCUGUGUCGAUGUCACUUUCACUUCAGCUAAUAAAUAAGGUAAAUAUGUAGUCAUUACUUUGCAAACAUUCAUUUCUAGAUAUCAGAGGAGUAACUACACACAUUUGUUUUGAGCAGUGGAUCAAUAGACUAAUCAAACAGCCGUGUUUUCAAUGGCUUUUCUCGGAAAAACGCUUCAGGGUAUCUGUUAUUCUGCUCCAAUAAAAUGCUUCUGCAACAAG